AAAUUUCCGGACAAAAGCUGUACAUUUCCGCAAACGCCGUCAUUUUCUGCGUCGAUUGGGCUAAGAACCCGGGCCCAAAUCGAGAAAAAUCGUCCGCCGAAAAGUGUUGGUGUGGAUCCGGGCGCGCGCCGUAGUGUUCCCCUGCGGCGCCAGAGGGCAGCAGCGUCUCGGAUGAACUACGCCCAGCUGGCUGCUGGGGAGCGUGAGAAAUGCAGACCAUUAAAUGCGUAGUGGUGGGCGAUGGAGCGGUGGGUAAGACCUGCCUCCUCAUCUCCUACACAACAAACAAGUUCCCUUCAGAAUAUGUUCCCACAGUAUUUGACAACUAUGCUGUGACUGUUAUGAUAGGAGGGGAGCCAUACACAUUAGGCCUUUUUGAUACAGCUGGUCAGGAGGAUUAUGACAGACUGCGACCUCUUAGCUAUCCACAGACAGAUGUUUUCUUAGUCUGCUUCUCAGUGGUAUCCCCUUCGUCCUUCGAGAAUGUCAAGGAAAAGUGGGUACCAGAAAUCACUCACCACUGCCAGAAGACUCCAUUCCUCCUAGUAGGCACACAGAUAGAUUUGCGGGAUGAUGCAGCAACCGUAGAAAAGCUGGCAAAGAAUAAGCAGAAGCCAAUCACCUACGAACAAGGGGACAAGCUCAGUCGCGAGCUGAAGGCCGUCAAGUACGUGGAAUGCUCCGCGCUCACACAGAAGGGGCUGAAGAAUGUAUUUGAUGAAGCAAUUCUCGCAGCCCUGGAGCCCCCAGAACCUCAGAGACGAAGGAAAUGUAUUGUUCUGUAGGGUAGGACGCAUCUACGGUAGACCUUGGAGUGGCCCCAGGCUUAACAGAUGCACAGAUUGCCUUCAAUGGUCAGUAGGGGUUCUAGUGGAGUUGGUGAUGCCUCUGAAGCUAUUUAGACAAGAGAAACUUGAUAACUGUAUAAAUAUAUGAAGGAUUUUAUACUUGUGAAAGGGAAAAAUGUCCACUAUUGGAUGGUGGAAGAUGCCAAAGUUCAGAUAACUUGCCGAUCAAGUCAGGCUUAACGCAGCUUUGGGGCUAAACUCCAUGGGGAAUGUGAGCAAUCUAAGCACAAGAAAACUGGCUGUUUGGGUCUUGAGCGUCGAGAGUCGUCUGCACGCAGGCAACUUCUCGCACAAGCUCCUCCCUCAGCCAGUCACUACCUGUUUGUGUUCCCACCUUCCCUGUCCCUUAUCCCCUGGGCCAGCACCCUCCCUGUACCAUUUGAUGAACCAUGGUUCCAGUUGGUUUGCUUCCAGUUAGGUCGAGUGUCCUUUGACUUUCAUAUAAACUUGUCAUAUAAAUUUAAUACCAAGACUGAACACAAAUAUCAUGUUGAUUCCAAUCAUCUCUAGAUUUCUCAGAUAAUUCAUUUAAUUCAAGAGAACUACAGUAAUCAAUAGCUCAGUAUUCAAAUUCUGAUAGGCUUUUUUUUUCUAAUUUUACCUUUCCUAUAGCUUAUGGCAUCUCAUAACAAGUAAUGAGUUUAGAAGUGUUGAUAAAAUGAAUGAGUAACCAAUAUUUGUAUGAGCUUAACUUCUUAUAUAACUGCCUCAGACUAUCAUAUGUUUCCUAUUCUUACACGUACACGUCUAGUGGCGUGUACCUAGCAUUGGUAUCUUCUUUUUUAUUAUAACAUUAGUGCAAACUUUUAGGAGGUUUGUCUAGGGACUAUGGCUUGGUUUUGUGGGCUCAAAAACCAAGAUAAUCCUUGAGACGAGACCAGUUAUGAUUUUAAGUAUCAGUUUGUUAAUUUUUUACAAUAUGGUGUGCCUGAGUAAGAAAAUAGGUUUGAAGUACGUGGCAUUUAUGCAAAGGGUUAUCAAUUUGUCAAAAGAGUGGAGAAGCAUUCUCUUUUCCCAGUGUGUUGGUUUCAUCUGGAACAGAUUUGGCCUCUUCUGCUCACUCUGGCCUUUCCUCAGUAGUCAUAGUGGGUAUGAAGCCAGUCUGGGGAAGUCUGAUGUAGUGGAAAUGGUUAUAUAUCAACUUGCAUAGUUGGCUCAAUUACAGGAAUUGUUAUUUUUGUACAAAUUCUAAAUCUGAAAGUAGUGUUCCAUGAUUUUCUAAAUUUCUGCUACUUCAGACGUAGUAAGUUGAUGGCACCCAGAUGGUUGGUAACUACCUUGCCUCGUCAUACAUUAAACUAACCCACCACUGGUGUUGGGUGAAAUAUUAUUUAAUAUCAGAAUGUGUAGUUGCCAUGUUGACCAUUGCAUAUAUGACAAAAACAAAAAAAUUAUGGAUUUUGUCUUCAUUUAAAGUGUGAUAAAACCUGAUGAUUUAGAAGGAAGUUUGGUGUUAUGGAGGGAGAUACAAAUAAACCAUUUGGAUUGGAUACCAAUCUUGUUUUAUUAACUUUGUAGGUUUAAGGUGCAGUUCAUGUUAAAAUUAUGUGAUGCCCUUAUAAAUGUGACCACAACUUGUUGAGAAACUUGUAGCACUUUGUUCAGUGCAGCUCAUGUUUGCUUGUCCCCACAUGAUAUAUAAUUUGUAUGUGUAUACAGUUUAUGAACCACUCAUUACAAAUUAUUAAUUGGUUGAGUACUGGACAGAAUAGGUUUCAUUUCUCAAGUGCAGAAAGUCUUUGCACAUGUAUUUGUAAAAACAUUUUAUCACAUAAGUGUACUAUAGUUAAGAAACUAAAAAAGAGAGAAAAUAAUACCCAUUUUUUCUUGCCUUAAAAUGUGCUUAAUGUGUUAUUUUGCCUACACUUGGUAAAUCUGAACCUGCUACACUAUGCAAUGUUAAUAUCUCUUAAACCCUUUGCUACCUUAAGCAAACAUGUUGGUACAGAAAGGAAAAUAACGUCUGGUGAAUUCAACUUGACUACAAUGAAAAAAAGUGCCAGUGAAUUAGAUUAUAAGUUCUUCCUCUGUGGUUUUUAUGAAGGCUUCCAUGUUAUUGCAUAGUACUCUUUUUCCAUCUCGACAUUGCAACUGUGGCAGGCAAGGAGAGACAAUAAAUAAGAAUAAGCAAAAGAAAACGUUUGACCAAAUCCCUGUUUUUAAUGUUCUCUGCUUCGGUUCCAUCAGAGUGAGAGGAUAGAUUGCAAGUAGAAGGUACUUUUUUACUUUUUUCAUAACUGCAGCUAUUAAAAGAAAAUGACAAUGUUAAACAUGCUGCCUUGAGAUGUGUUCCUAAUGUAACAAAAAUAAACAACAGUAGCACUGA